GGCGGUCGGGCGGCGGUCGCCUCAGCCUCCCGAGGCGCCCGAGCGGCGCGGGUCCGGCAUGUCGAAGACGCUGAGGAAGAAGAAGCACUGGCUGAGCAAGGCGCAGGAGUGCUCGGUGUCGUGGGGCGGCGGGGCCCCCGAGCUCCGCGGCGGCGCCGAGCGGGGCGAGUUCGCCCACCUGGGCGGGCCGGGCCGGGAGCCCGGGCCGCCCACCUGCCGCGUCGUGGCCGGCAGGGCCCCCGCGCCGGGGGACAUCUUGCUGGAGGUCAACGGCACCCCCGUCAGCGGCCUCACCCACAGGGACACCCUCGCCGUCCUCCGCCACUUCCGCGACCCCGUCCGCCUCAAGACCGUCAAGCCAGGAAAAGUCAUCAAUAAAGACUUGCGUCAUUAUCUGAGCCUUCAGUUCCAGAAAGGAUCCAUCGAUCACAAACUCCAGCAGGUGAUCAGAGACAAUCUCUACUUGAGAACCAUCCCGUGUACUACAAGGGCCCCUAGGGAUGGUGAAGUCCCGGGGGUCGACUAUAAUUUCAUUCCUGUUGAACAGUUCAAAGCACUGGAGGAGAGUGGAGCAUUGUUAGAAAGUGGAACCUAUGAUGGAAACUUUUAUGGAACUCCCAAGCCUCCAGCAGAACCUAGCCCCUUUCAAUCAGAUCCAGUUGACCAGGUGCUCUUUGAUAAUGAUUUUGACACAGAAUCCCAACGAAAAAGAACCACAUCAGUCAGCAAAAUGCAAAAAAUGGAUAGUUCUCUUCCUGAGGAAGAUGAAGAAGAAGAUAAGGAAGCUGUUAAUGGCAGCGGGGUUUCAGAAAAUAAAGAUAGAUAUUCAGAUUCUUCCGAUUGGAUGAAGACAGUUCCUAGUUACAACCAGACCAACAGCUCCAUGGACUUCCGAAAUUAUCUGACAAGAGAUGAAAGCUUGGAGCCUCUGCCUAAGAACUGGGAAAUGGCCUACACUGACACUGGAAUGAUCUAUUUCAUUGACCACAACACCAAGACAACCACCUGGCUAGACCCCCGGCUCUGUAAGAAAGCCAAAGCUCCUGAGGACUGUGAGGAUGGAGAACUUCCUUACGGCUGGGAGAAAAUAGAAGACCCUCAGUAUGGGACAUACUAUGUUGAUCAUAUUAAUCAGAAAACCCAGUUUGAAAAUCCAGUGGUGGAAGCCAAGAGGAGAAAACAACUAGGACAGAUUGAUGUUGGUUCUUCAAAAUCAGGUGUAGAUGUGGAGAAUUUGCUCUUCACCAGAGACCCCUCCCAGCUUAAAGGCGUCCUUGUACGAACAUCUUUGAAAAAAAGUACCAUGGGAUUUGGUUUCACGAUCAUUGGUGGGGACAGGCCAGAUGAGUUCCUUCAGGUGAAAAACGUACUGAAAGAUGGUCCUGCAGCCCAGGAUGGAAAAAUCGCACCAGGUGACGUUAUCGUAGACAUAAAUGGCAACUGUGUCCUUGGCCAUACCCAUGCCGAUGUUGUCCAGAUGUUUCAGUUGGUCCCUGUCAACCAGUAUGUGAAUAUGACCUUGUGUCGUGGUUACCCUCUUCCUGAUGACAAUGAAGAUCCUGUUGUAGAUGUUGUUACUGCUACCCCUAUCAUGAAUGGACAGCCAAUAACCAAGGGAGAGACUUGUGUCAACAACCAGGAUUUUAAACCAGGGACACUGGUUUUGGACCAGAACGGGAAACCGGGUCAUGUUUUGGUCAAUGGUCGGCUCAAUGGCCCUGCUGACCCAAGUGAACAAAGAGUGUCUGUGGCAUCCUCGGGCAGCUCCCAGCCAGAACUAGUUACCAUUCCUUUGAUUAAAGGUCCUAAAGGUUUUGGGUUUGCAAUAGCUGACAGUCCAACUGGGCAGAAAGUAAAGAUGAUAUUGGACAGCCAGUGGUGUCAUGGCCUUCAGAAAGGGGAUGUAAUCAAGGAGAUUUACCACCAAAAUGUGCAGAACUUAACACAUCUCCAGGUGGUAGAGGUGCUGAAACAGUUUCCAGUAGGAGCAGAAGUACCAUUGCUCAUCUUGAGAGGAGGUCCUCCUUCACCAGCUAAAAUUGCCAAAGUGAAGACAGAUAACCAGGAUAAUUUGGGAAGUUUGGAGGCCAUCAGUGAUCCCAUCCCACAACCUAUGCCUUUUCCACCCAGUAUUGUUAGGUCAGGAUCCCCGAAACUAGAUCCUUCUGAAGUAUAUCUGAAGUCUAAAACUAUAUAUGAAGACAAACCUCCAAACACAAAGGACUUGGAUGUUUUCUUGCGAAAACAGGAGACAGGAUUUGGCUUCAGGGUUCUCGGAGGUGAUGGACCUGAUCAAUCUAUCUAUAUCGGAGCCAUUAUUCCCUUGGGAGCAGCCGAGAAAGAUGGUCGGCUCCGGGCUGCAGAUGAGCUAUUGUGCAUCGAUGGAAUCCCCGUUAAAGGAAAAUCGCACAAACAGGUCUUGGAUCUAAUGACCACUGCCGCUCGAAAUGGUCACGUGCUGUUGACUGUCAGAAGAAAGAUCUUCUAUAGCGAGAAGCCACCUGAGGAUGGUGAUGCCCAGACCUUGAUCUCAACACAGAAUGGAUCGCCCAGAAUGAACCGAGUAGAUCUCCCAGCCAGGACUCUUCCCCCAGAGGCCUACGAUGUUGCCCUGCAGCGCAAAGAAAAUGAAGGAUUUGGCUUUGUCAUCCUUACCUCCAAAAACAAACAGCCUCCUGGAGUGAUUCCUCAUAAAAUUGGGCGUGUCAUUGAAGGAAGCCCAGCAGAUCACUGUGGGAAACUGAAAGUGGGAGAUAGGAUCUCUGCAGUGAAUGGACAGUCUAUCAUCGAGCUCUCUCACGAUAACAUUGUUCAGCUGAUCAAGGAUGCUGGUGUCUCAGUCACGCUCACUGUCAUUGCUGAGGAAGAGCACCGCGGGCCACCGUCAGGAACAAACUCAGCCAGGCAAAGUCCAGCCCUGCAGCACCGACCCAUGGGACAGACACAGGCCAACCUCGUAGCUGGGGACAGGAUCGUUUUGGAAGGUGAUAAUGGAAAAGAUGUCUCUGGGGCUUAUCGACUAUCAUGGUCUGAUCACAAGCACCUCACGCAACCUGAGAAUGCCCUAAUCUCCAUUGUAGGCAGUCGACACACUCAGAGUCUUGGCUGUUACCCAGUGGAACUGGAAAGAGGUUCAAGGGGCUUUGGAUUCAGUCUUCGUGGAGGAAAGGAGUAUAACAUGGGGCUUUUCAUCCUUCGACUGGCCGAGGACGGCCCCGCCAUCAAAGAUGGGAGGAUUCACGUUGGUGACCAGAUUGUCGAAAUCAACGGGGAGCCCACCCAGGGGAUCACUCACACCCGAGCCAUUGAGCUGAUUCAGGCUGGAGGAAGCAAAGUCCUUCUUCUCUUGAGGCCAGGCACUGGCCUGAUACCUGAUCAUGGCGAUUGGGAUGUUUUUAAUCCUUCAUCUUCAAGUAUAAUUUAUGAUGAACAGCCACUAUUUUCCUCCCCUUCGCAUACUGCUUCCACAUUUGAAGUAACUCAACUGCCAGUCUCUGAAGAAGCUCUCAUGAGAGUUCAGAUGUGUGAGAAGGUGGAAGACUUAAAGGACACUGAAAAGAAAAGCACUUUAACUGAAAACCAGACUGAGCUAGAGCAUCAGCCUUCUGUCCAGAAAAAUGUGAAUAGGAAGGCUUCGCCCAUCUGCAAUCAAAGAUGCAGCAAAAAGAAAAAUCCUUUAGAAGCCGAAAGAGCCGUUGCGAGAAGAGGAAGAUCGGCCAGUCCAAAAAAAUCAAGCCACAGAUAUUCGGGAGGACGAGAAAAGGAUUACGAUCCUAUAAAAGACGGGCCCAAAAGAAGGUCCAGAGAUCGAUCACUGAGUCCGAGGAAAGUCGAGAACACAGUUUCGCCCGGCAACACGGAUGCUGCCUCUGGAAGAGAUCGUUUCGGGAGAAACAGAGGAAGAUCUGCCAGCCCCAAGAAGCAACCAAAGGUGGAAGGGAGCAGAAGCCAAGAGAACACUGAAAAUCAAUUACCAGCGAAGCCUGCAGCACGGAUUAAAGAUGGAAAGGAAACAGCAGGUGUUCCCUGGAAAGACAUAAAGCCAAGUCAGCCUGGAAAGAACGAGGCCCAGUCUCCAGCGAAAAAAAGCCAGAGAAUGGAGGAGAGGUGGGUUUCAUCCAAAAAGGCUUACGACACCCUAAAGAAAGAACUAUCUGAAGAUGGCAAGAAGGCGGCUGGAAGCGGCAAACUUUCCGACAGGCAGCUCCAUUUAGAACCUGCAGAUCCUGUCGCUCUGCCCAGAACAGAAGACCUCAAGGAAAGAGAACUGGAGACCAUUGAAAAAACCAAAGAUAAUGGGGUGUCCAGACCUGACAGCAGUUCUCCAGUCAAGAAAGCAACAAUUACCCCCGGGCCAUGGAAGGUUCCCAGUGCCGGUAAAGUCCCAAGCACCGCGGGGGUGACCGAGAAACGGAUGUGACCAUUUUUCUGAAACUGAAAACCGUGUGGUUUUUCCAAAUUAACAAUCCGAAUCCUGGAAAACAGGUAUAGAGACAGACUUUGGUUCGAUCUCUGAAUUAACUAGGCUGCAUGAAGGACCUUUCAUUUAGGAUUGCUAAAAAGAAGCUGGCGCCCACAAAGGUCAUGACCCUCCCUCCCUCGCGGGAGGGGUUCCGCUGCUCAUCCGACAUUGCACUGCUACCGCUUUCAAAUCGUGUUGUGAAUGUCUGAACAAAAAAAUGGUAUGUCUCUAGUGCCGGUGUGAUUAUGACUCACCCUUCGUCCUUGUGCCAAGUUAUCUACUGUACCACCUUGAUUUUCACCCUCUUUCUUCCAGUUUUGCAGUAUUGGGAAAGCUAGAUUCGAUUUGGAAGUUGAUGUCUUCGAUAGCAUGUUGCAUGUGUGAGGAGGGAAAAACUUCUAGGUUGUUGCCGGUUGACCGAAAAGGAGAUACUCCUAAUUGAUCAUUGGAAAGUGGCAAAAGCCUUUUUUUUUUUACACCACUAUUAGUGCCCUAACUGGCAUUUAUUUUUUAACUCAACAACACAACAAAACCCACAGAUUUUAAAGGAAAAAUAUAGCCUGCUACCCAAAAGAGUGGACGUUAAGCAGCUCAAAAUACAUUCUUUCAUUAGAAAGUUAGGGUAAGGCGCUUUUGGUAACCCUAAGACCCACUGUUUAACUUCUAGUUUCACAUUCGGAAUUCAUUAACGUCGGUCAUAAAAUGCACUCUUCCCAGUGUUUUAUCCAACCUUACUCUAUUUCCAAGUAACUAAGAUCAUCCCUUUCUAUAUUUCGUGUUUCAUGAUGAUGUAACUCUAAAGCUAGAGAAGCAUUUGAAAACAGUCCCCAGCACCUUUUUUUUUUCCGAAGAGAAGCUGAAUAACUUCCUGUACCCGAUGUUACAAUUUACAAAAUCCAAACCUGUUCAGGUUAGUUUGUCCCAAUUCCUGGUAGAGCAACCAUUAGUUGGUGGUGUUUGCAGGCAUUAGAAGUAACAUAGGAUAGAACCGGUGCUGAUCCCAUGAAGUCUGGGAAGCUGUUCCACAGGGAGGAUUAUCGGUCUGGUUUUAAGAAAGCAAAAUUAAAAUGAAUAUUGAAACAGCAGAAAUACUUGUUGGAUGUGCGAUCCUCAAAAGACUAAACAUUUGCUCAGCUUUCAAAAUACUUAUGAUUUUAAAGUUUAGUGAAGUUACAUCUGUGAUUGAGGCAGAGCUAGUUUUAAACGUAGAGAUGAUUUACCAAACUCAAGAAGUAAAAUCCGAUAGCAAAGUUGACGAAGAAUAUUUUUAGAAUCGGUAGAUUUCAUAGUCCGUCUGGAUCAUCUUAAUCCGUCUGAGUCCUUCCAGUUGCUGUAGGACUCAAUGUACAUAACAAACCCCUCUAACUGUGAAACGUCGCGAUUCCGGAUUUAUCCUCAGUAGGUAGCUAUUAAACCUGGCUCCCUAAAUGGGAAUUUUAUAUUUCCUUUCCACCGUGUGCACUCUCCUGUCGUAACAACUUGAGCCAACCUAAGUGUUAGGAAGUUACUUAGCACUUCUGAAAUGGUUUAUUUUCUCCUCUUAACUCCACAAAUCCCAUUUUUUUCCUCAUUGUUGGCCGUGGCAUAAGUUGAUGUCGUACGUUAGUCUGAUGUGACCCUUCCUUUCUGAGACCCUGACUCUGUACUGACUGUAUAACGACUUAGCAAUGUGGCCUUGGAAUGCUAAGCAAAAAUGGAUGUACUGGUUGUAAAUGUUUAUAUAGUGUACAGCACCUUUAUAUAUACUUGAGGUUCUGAUUAGAGAGAGACCUGUAAAUUGCUCAUUAUUUUUUAUAUAGAUAUUACAAAAGAUCCAGUUCAUGGCCUUCAGUUCUUGCACUGUAAAAUAAUUUUGCUGUAUGUUUUUGUUAAUGUGGAAUUCUCUAAUUGACCCCUCCCCCUUAGCCCCUCCUAAGCUCCAUUUAUUAAAAUAUGCAGAUGAACAAGGGACAGAAAUCUAUGAGUUAAACGAUCAACUAAAAUCCAACAAAAGCUGUCUGUGUAGGGUCUUUUUUCUGUAUAUAAGGCGUGAUAUUAGUUUGAUUUAAAUACAACUCGGGUUCCUUUGCCAUUUUACACCUUUCACUUGUAAAGAAAUAGCUUUCCAUAAACAGUUUGCUA